UCUGGCGGAUUUCAGUCGGUUUGUGCCGGUGACGCUCCAACUCUCCGGGCGCCUGGAUUAGCGCGUCUUUAUUUUUAUGUUCUUGUUUCUUGAGAUGAAACCGGAUGUAAAUGACAUUUGUGGACAGAUCAAGCGACCGGAAACGGGUUUUUAAACUCACUGAAGAACUGUUGCACCUAACCCGGCGGAGAUGUCGCUCCUGUGCGUCCGAGUUAAGAAAGCCAAACUUCAUGGGCCACAAGACAAAUUCAAUGCUUAUGUGACGUUAAAAGUCCAGAAUGUAAAGAGCACGACCAUCACGGUCCGUGGAGACCAGCCUUGUUGGGAGCAAGACUUCAUGUUUGAGAUUAAUAAUCUGGAUUCUGGUCUGGUGGUGGAGCUGUGGAACAAAGGUCUGAUCUGGGACACGAUGAUCGGUACGGCACUGAUCCCGCUGGACACCAUCCAACAGUCUGAUGAGGAAGGACCAGGACAGUGGACGUCUCUGGACUCGGAGGUCCUGAUGAAGGAGGACCAGAUCUGCGGUACCACCAACCCGACUCCUCACCAGGUGCUGCUGGACGUUCGCUUUGAGCAGCCCUUCGACAUCCCAGAGGACGAGGCGCAGUACUGGACCAGUAAGCUGGAGCGGAUCAACACGCAGAUCCCUGAUGAACAUCGGGUCCAGAGAAGAAGGCUGACAUCUGUACCCUCCCAGUGUUGCAGCUGGACUUAUUUUGGAUGGAGCGACCAGCAAACUUACGACGACCAUGACAGUGCUAUGGAUGACCAUGACAGUGAUUACCGGAGUGAAACUGGCUCCAGGCCACCACCGUUCCACAACACGUCCCAGAAUAAUUCAUCUGUCCAUCAGUACCCCGUCGGACGCAGAGUCCAACGUCCCAGCCUGUCCAGGGAGUCCAACUCCGUACAAAGUUAUGAUCUAGACUCCAGAGAAGCGAGGGCAGCCAGACGAUCAAACAGUAAGGGGAACGUUAGAAUCAUCCCAGUUGACUCGGGUAUGGGUGUGGAGGACUGGGAGAGAGGAUAUAAAGUUCCCGGCUCUGGCCUCUUGGAUGACUAUUUAGAUGCUGAGCAGAAACUGUGGGAGGAUGAAGAUAAAAGCAUCAUCUACAGAAUCUGUGACAGCUGUGAGUCUAAAGGCAGCAGGUUUUAUCAGGCGGUAGAAUGUGAUGGCCUUUCUCCAGAGGACACGCUGGAGCCAAACGGUAGGACGCAGAAAAAGGGGCGUGGCUUCGGCAGCGGAGAAGUACGGUUAGUUUACAUGGAAGCUGGAAGCUUUGAGGAUGAAUCAUCUCCCCCUGAAAUUGAUAUAAUUCCAUCAGUCAAACAGCUGCGACAGCCGACGGGCACAGAACGUUUGCUUUAUAAGACUCGGCUCUGGGCCAAGACGGCUUUAGAAGACACGCUGGAGAGCUACGCAGCUUUUCGGGAGGAGGAGGCUGCUCGGGAGGAGGCCGCAAGGAUUCAAAGGAGGAUGGAGCAUAACUCGAUUGGUUCAGACGAGAUGCAGUAUUCAUUCGGGUCCGAGGAGGAACUAGAGGAUCUGACCUUCACAGAGGGGGAUGCUAGUUUUGAACAUGAGUGCUAUCACUACACUGGACAUGGCACGCCUCCUUAUGAAGGACAAGAAUAUUUAAGCAGAAACCAAACCGCCCAUGAACGGGACCCCAUGUUGUCUCCUCCAGAGGAUCUGAGGAAUGAAGACAUCGAUCCGAUGGGUGAACUGCAGAGCUUGGUUCUCUCAGUGUCUCGGUACCUGGCUGUAAAAGAGGAGGAGCUCCACAAAUAUGAAUCCAUGCCAAAACCAACUAGAAGAAAACUCCCCACCCUGCCAACCGAUGCUAAGGCUGUGCAACCUGGGGACGAUAAAAAGGACCAAGUCCAAGCUGAGGUUAAAGAGGAGAGUCCUGUUGAGCAAGGCAUGACUGGGGUGAAAAAUGCAAUGAGCUCGUUGUUGAGUUCACUAACAGGAUCAAAGUCUCCCACGGAGGUGGAGUCCACCGGAACGCCAUCCCCUCAACCACCACAGACUGAAUCUGGAAUUUCUAAACUGCUCUCUUUGAUCCCAAAAGCUAAUUUGGAAGUUCCUGAAAUCAUGCCUGCAACAGACCCGCCCACUCCCCAAGCAUCCCCCCAACCUGAAUCAGGCAUUUCCAGACUUCUGGCAUUCAUUCCCAAGAGCGGAGGUGCCUCUCCACCUGUGGCUAUAGUUCCACCCGCCUCUCAAGAACCUGCAACAGAGAAAAGGUUUUCCCUUCAGUCCCUUUUGCCUUUCCAGUCCUCUGAACCCGGUCAACAAGCUGAUGCUAAUCAGACACCGACGCAAGGCGGUGCACAGGCGGGUGACCAGUCCACAUCUGGGUUCGAAUCCAUGCUAGGAAGGCUUAGUCCCAUGAGACUUUUCUCCAGCACGCCCUCAUCUAGAGAGGCACCACCCCAGCCCUCAGAGCAAAGAAGUGACUCUGCUGCUAGCAGAGAUUCCCAACAAGGACCUGGGAGCAGUCCGAAAAGAGAAGGCUCGCAAACGGAGCGACAGUCUUCCGGAGAGACGAGAGCAGGUUCAGGAAGUGGAUCCGUUGAUCUUUUACCAGAUACAGGAAGUGGAUCAAUAGAGUUUUCCCACGAAACAGGAAGUGGUUCAGUAGAGCUUCUUCCAGAGACCGAAUCAUCUGGUGAGCUUCCCGAUAUUCACCAAAGAGAAACCACAGCAGCAUCUGAAGCCAAACCCGAGGGCGGUUCAGAGGAAACGGGAUUCUUCAGUCCUUUUAGGAAGUCUUUCUCCACUCUGAUAUCAACUGCAUCUCCAGACAUUUCCUCCCAGACUCAUGGCAAACCUGCAGAGGAAUCAUUUUUAGGGAGCAAAUUCAAAAUCCCUUUUUUUUCUGAGAACACUCCCACAAGUACCUCCUCCAGAGCAGAUGGGGGAAUGCUGUCAGGUAUCCUUAAGCUGGGCUCGUCAGAGGAUACCAGCUCUUCUCCAAGCAGUCCACCUCCUACUGCUAGAGCUUCUUCUCCAAGUCGUGCAGCGCUCCUUGAGAGUGUGCCUAAAGGAAACCCUGGAACGGGCUGGUUUUCUAACCUGUUCAAGGUGAGCCCAAGUGAGCCUGCCAAGGAACAGACGACUCCCACUCUGACUCUAACCCAACCAGGAGGUCAAACCGAGCUUCACGAUGAACAAGGACUUCCCGACACUCCGAAGAGCACUCGGGAUCAAACACCACCAGAAGCAAACGUCACGUCUCAACAUCAAGAUCUGCCGAAAGUCGCAGAAGGGAAAUCCCAGUCCGAAACCUCACAUCCUCAAGGAAUUCUGUCAGGAAUGUUAAAGAUGAGACCGACAGAGCACGCUUCGUCUGAUAAGACGACGAGUGAAGGGGAUAACCAGUCUCAGCUGGGUGGUUUGCUCUCUGGGUUGUUUCCAUCACAUUCCCGACCUUCUCCCCACAUACAACAGAAUCCUGCUGCACAACAAUCAGGAAUGUUAUCUGGAUUCCUAAAGUUAGCUUCUGACACAGUUUCGGCUUCUACAACUCAACCAGGAGGUUCUGAUGGUCAAGCCUCAUCUGAAGGCCAAGGAGUCUUUUCUGGACUCUUGAGAAAAGCUACAGAUUCAGUAACUGGGUCUCACAGACAGUCCGGUCAGGAGUCACAGAUGGACUCAUCCGAUCAGCGAGCAAGAACCCAAGCAGCUGAACGAACCCCGAGUCCAGCUGCUACUGCUCAGCCUUCAGGAUCUCCUGACAACGAGCAAUCAGACCACGGAAAGACACAACCAGCCGCCUCAGGCCAGGAAACAAAACAUCAGCAGCCUGACACCACCGCAGAAAAAACGCCUCCAAAAGCAGCAGCAGCGUCUCAACCUGGUGGACUAUUUGGAGGUUUACUCAAACUCACGGAAACCGCUCCUCAGCAAACAUCUCCCAACCCAGGAGGUUUGCUAAGUGGCCUGUUUGGAGUUGUUGGACAGGACACUGCUCCUGCCAACCCACCCCACCCCUCAGAAAAUCAGCCCCAAAUGCCUCCGCAACAGCCCCAGAGUGGCCCUGGGGGGGUGCUUAGUGGGUUUUUUACCAAAAUGGCAGAAGCAGAUAGGCCGCCGUCUACGCCAGCUCAGCAACAGAUCCAAAGACCAAGCCCCAGGACAGCUCAGCAGCCACCCAGUCCACAGGGAGGCUUUCUGUCUGGGCUGUUUUCAGCAGGUCCUAGCUCUGCAGCCCCACAGCAGCGGCAACCUCAACAAGCAAACCGACAACCUCUUCAGAGGCAAAACCAGGUCCCACCACAAACCGCCACCACCGUGCCAGAGCCUCAGCAGGGCGGAUUACUGUCAGGACUGUUUAAUAAACUAGCAUCCAGUGAUAGUGCCCCACCACAGCCCAGCGCACUGACUGGUCCUCAACCAACCAGCAAACCUGCACAAGUUUCUAGUCACCAGUCGUCUCAAAGCAGCCAACAGGGAGGAGGAUUCUUUUCAGGUCUGUUUGGACAACAACAACAACAACCUACUCAUGAAAUAACAAACCCGCCCCGGCAAACGUCCACCCAGCAGGCCGGUCCAGGUGGAGGCUUGCUUUCAGGUAUUCUCAAGCUUGCGUCAGGUGAUGAUGUUCCUCCAGAACCACAGCCAGCUGAAUCAGCUGUGAGCUCAGGCCAAAGUUCAGGCCAGACCGAACCGGGGGGAUUAUUCUCAGGCCUGCUGAACAAAAUCUCUGCCACAGCAGAACAGUCCUCUUCUCCUGCUGAUCAGGGAGGCCCUCAAACAACGCAGCAGCACCAUCAACCGCGUGUAGGGCCGGGCAGACCGCAUAUUCAGAGAACUAAACCAGUAGAGGUGCAGUCCUCCCAAGAAACGCCCACCGAGAGGGAAUCGAAAGGUCCAGUCCAGAAAGGCUUUCUCUCGGGUCUUUUUAGUGUGCCAGAAGAACAACCCUCCACCCCUCAGCAGCCUGUGAAGGAGGAAGCGAAGCCCACAGGUGGCUCCUCUCCCGGUUUAUUAUCCAGCAUUUUCAGAGCAGGCUCCACUGACAGUAGCACUUCUGCGUCUGACAAGGAAAAAGGAAACGCCACUCUCAACGGUUUUGUGCCAAAAGGUGCAGAGGAUGUUCCUUCAAAGACGGCAACACCAACAGCCACCUCCAGAUUAGUUAAUCCAGAUGUUACUGCUCACAGAAAUAAUCUGCAGUCACAAGUUACGCAAGAUCUUAGGAUUUCCCCUACGCAGCGUUAUCUUGAGGAAAUUAAGCGUCUCUUAUACGGGACAGCAGAUGAGUAUGGCUACAAGGACCUGCUUUACAACUUCACCGAACAAGGCGUCAUUCCACCACAGCUGUUUGAGCACCAGUGCCUGAUAGAAGCUCUGCUGUGGCAACAGCUCAAUGAUUAUCUACAAGCUGAAGCCUUCGCCACUCAAGCCCACUCGGGUACCCAGACGUACCAGGGGAACACGGCACCCACAGCUUUUGCACCUCAAUGCCACAACCACCUAGGGUUGAAUCCCAAAGAAGUGGACAUCAGUGAGUUCAAUGUACCAUCGCAUCCUUGGAGAGACGCUGCAGCCCAGCUUUUUGAGCACAGGAGCCGUUUCCUUGAGCCAGAUGAAGAUCUGAUUUUGUUUGAUAUGAGCUGCAGAGACAGGAAAACAUGGAGCAGCUGUGAUCACUUGAACGACCUCACCAGAGAUAGGAAACCAUGGAUUUCGAGAAGCAGUGCUGUAAAUCUCUCCACGGAAACGUCAAAGGCACGAUUAAGUAGGUGUCAGUCUCUCUCGGAUUGCAACGGUCAAGGGUUUUGUAAACAACAUGAAAAGAGUGCCGUUAACGUAAAAGAGGAAGACUUUGAUUUAAAAUCAGCAACAGAGUUUUUGAAGCGCCUUGCGGUCAAAAAGGGUCCCGUUGACUUACGAAGGGGUGCUCUGGAUUUGAGCAGAUCAGCUGGAACGACAGGGGAGGGAGAUGAUGAUUCUAAGUGGUACCAACAAUGGCUCACACUAUUAGAGCAAGGGCUGUGGUGGCCAGGUGAGGCAGGAGACUGUGGCUAUUACGUUUAUACCAACGAAAACUACAUUUACUCUUUGCUAACCGAUAAAGCAGGAAGGCAUCUCUAUGCUUGUGCGACAGAGGAAGAUAUGCGUGCUCUAGCUAACAUCACUGAAAAUAUUACAAACAUCGUCAAGCAGCAGCAAGCAGACAAAGUGACCCUUUGUGGUUUUAAAAUCCCCCUCAGCGAUGAAAGCGAUGUCCUCUGGGUGCCAGGCAACCAGCAGUAUGAUUUACUGCCAUCUGACGCACCCGUCAACCUGACAUCCGCCCUCGAAAAAGGUGGAAAAAUCAUGAACAUGAACCUGGAAAGCUUCUCACAGAUGUUUCAGGAGUCCAUAACUUCCCAAGCAGAACAAGCUGCUGAUUUGACUAUGUAUAAGCUUAAAAAGAUAAAAGUGGAGUCCAUUCAAAACACCUCCACCUGUCUAGAAAAACCAGUGGAAGCAGCAGAUUUCAGCUUGAAGGCUUUAAAGGGAGGGCACGGAGGACCAUACUGGAAGAAUGAAAGGGUCAAAGAUGUCGUUGCACCUGGACAGUCUCCUAGACAUAAUUCAACACGACACAAACAACAGUCCAUUCCUGAAAUCAGGAUCGCACACGUAGAUGAAACCCAGGCUGGCCAAUCGAGACAAAAGACAACUUCAGUGUCUUCAAAAAUAAUUGGAGUUUCUACUGCUGACACAAGUAACGCUAAUUCAUCAUCUACUAUGUCAACGUCUGUGUCCAGCAAGCAUGCAGAGAUGUCAGACGCGUCUAAAACUGCACCGCUUUCUAAAAUAGCAGAAGCUUCAGGGAUGGGGAGGAGACUGCCUGCACCACCUACUGGUAGUGUGGCCACUAGUUCGUCAUCUCCCUUGGCACAAGUAACUACUGUUAGAAGUUUACCCAAAACAUCUACAUCAACUCUACCAGCUACUUCAUCACAAAGGCCCCAUCUUCACAGGCAGCCAUCUCAAGCAGACAAAUCCACAGAGUUACUUCAAGCCAACAGGACUUUUGUCAGAGGGAUGAACAGUCCUUCAUCGCUUGUCCAACCCAGUCCCCGGUCCCAAAAACCAUCACAAGAUCCCAUUCAAGAGUUUGCACCACGGUUACACAUACUGAAUGACAUGUCUGGUAAGUACACCGAAGCGUACCUUUAUAACAGAAAUCACAAGUCGUUUCUCCCUCCGUGCAGCUCUCAGAUGGGCCACAAAGUUCUGGAUUUUUCCUCUGCAUCAAACAAAAACAUUCAUGUGGAUCAGAAAGAUGCUGCUGGUGCCACCGUUGUGCCAGAACAUACCCAUGAGAAUGAAAUAGUCGACUUCACCAAGUACAAAAUGAAACGAUUUAAAGAAAAAAAGCGAGUUGCAACUGAAUUUACUGAAGCGACUGGUGAGACAAUAACUGUUGUAGAUCUUACUAAAGAAACUGAAGAAGAUGAGGUUAAGUGGCCAGAGUCUGAGUGCCCUGAUGUGAGCCCACUGCACGAUGUACGUCAGAGCAAACGGCUUAAGGCAGUCGACCAACAAAACCAAUCUGUGAGGAGUCUGUAUAGACCUGAGGUGGUAGAGUGUUCAGUCAAACCUCCGGUCCUCUGCUGUCCAUCUGCAGGAGCUAAAGCACACCCGGCUCCUCCUAAUGCCUCUGAUAAAUGUGCAGAAGAUACCUCCGUCAAGCUGACGUCUACAUCUGCCUCACUGCCAAAGGAAUGCAACGCUUAUAGUUCAUCAGGAAAAACAAGCUCCACAGUUGCGCCUGUUUCCAGUAAAGAAUCCAAUCUUAAAGGCGUUACUCAAGCAACUGAGCCAGCACUGCUCACACUGACCUCAGCACAGCAGCACAUUUCCAAGCAGCACCGUUCUCCAGCAGUUACAACCGGUGGGACACAGCCCGUCCCCACAGACACCAAGAGGGCAACUGUUGCCUGUCACUUUGGUAUCACAGGUCAACGGUAUCAGAGAGAUACGGCACCAGCAAACCUAGUUAAAGUCACACUAGAUACGUCUGUCAAGACAAGGCAUCCGAUGCAACCAAGUGUCGUGCCCACCAGUGAUUCCGUCUGUGAGGCAGUGCCACUGACCCAAGGAAAACCGGUAGCUUGUGUGGAGACAAAUCAAAGUUUGAAUCAACUGGAAUCCCUUGACUUGACAUAUAAUGCAUCCUCCCCAGAGGGUAUACAAGAGAAGAGAGAAUACGUUUGUCCAUCACCUCCCAAGGAACCAACCAAUUCAGGGAAAGAUGUUACUUGUCUAUCAGCUGCCACCACAAAGGAAAUUGAUCAAAACAUGUAUGUCCCCUCCAAAAGUCAGUCUAGAAGCUCUAAGUUUUGUAUAGCUACCAACGCACACCGGACUCUGGAGCAUCCUCUUCAGUGCCCCUCAGAAUUCCUUCAACAACGAUUUCAGCAGGGCCAAAGUGGAGACCCAACACGCUCCGUUCUGUCAUUGACCAUGGAACUGGCGUGUAAAACAUUCCCUUCAAAAGAACACGCAGUUACUGGAGUGUUGGAUAUGUCACCCAAACCAACUGUAGCCGAUCAGGAAAAGGGAGUGUCCCAAACAGGGUGCACUCCAGAUGAAGCCGUUCCUCUUGUUAAUAAGCCAAGUGCAAGGGCAGUUGCCAGGAGAGCUUCUGUGGGCAUUCCUCUGAUAGUUGAGCAAAGUCUUCUAGACUCAAAAAGCCAAGUGAGGUCUCAAAACACCGAUCAAAGAACAGACAGUAAUACUGAUCCGGGUCCAAAGCGGCACCUUUUCAGCGAUACGACUAUACAAUGCUCAGGUGUUCCUCAGUCUUUUGUCAAAUCACGUUUGCUCAGUACAGCUCCAGCAAACUCGGUCACAGGCACAUUAGAUAUGUCAACAAAGACGGCUAAACCGAAUGCUGUCAUCUCUUGUUCAGAUCCGGUAUCACUUGUUUGCACAAGGCGAUCAAGCUUAUCCGACUCUCAAAGGGAUUCUGUUGGUGUCCCAUUAAUUGUGGAGACAUACCAUCCUCCGGAGUAUUCUAGGAGACGACACAAAGCAGUGGCAGAGUCCCAGGCUGCAGGGUUUGCGUGCUGUAGAUCUCAGGAAACAUCAGGACCGGCCAACACAAUCAGAAGCUUCUUAGACAUGUCCUCAAGGUUGAGACAGCAAGAGGCUGAAUCGACUUCUAUUACGCUCUCGUCUGAAGCGUUGCCACUGGUCAGAAACAAGGCAGAUGUUGUAGGAAGCUGUUCAGCUGGUCUACCUCUCGUAGUGGAGCAAUUUGCAUGCCAACAAGGAAGACAAGUUAUGACUGGAGUUCAUACGACCGAGUCUCUGCACAGACGGAUGUCUACCUCUCAUCGUAACGGUGACAUUUCUUGGCCUAAUGCAAACUACAAGAACACACGACAACCAAACACACCUGUGGAUUUCUCUGCAAAAGACAGUCCAAUCACGAGUAUACGUUUAAGGAGUCACGUUGAAGUGAUGGAUGGAGAGCCCAUGAACUUCACUAGUGUGAAAGUAAAGAAAGAAGCUUCGGAAAAAAGACCGACUGAAAAGCUGUUUCAAAUCCAAGAGCCAGCUGGUCUUGUAGACCUGAGUGUAGAUCUUCUACAGAAAACCACUGACACUCAAGGUGCAACAGAUUAUACUUCUCCUCAUGCUAAAGUCCCAUCCCUACCCUGUCUUCAACAGUAUUUACCUGCAAACAUCAUCAUGGAAGUCAAAAAGGACGUCACAUUUUCUCAAACUCAAAACUUGUCACAAUGUGGAGGUUUUCCAUCUGACAAGCAGAUGACCACCCAACCCGGAGCUGGAAUACAUUUAGAGCCAGAAAAGUCUUCUCAUCGUGUCGCCCCCCGGGCUCCACAGACCAGUGAAGCUACUCACGUGUCACUUAGUUCUGCAUAUCAACAGGACAGCGGUGCUCAUGUCGAGUCAAAGGAACCUGAACAUGUUUCUCAGGUCAAAUCUCGACCAACAGUUAAAAACUCAGCUCAACAACAACAUUAUCAGCACCGUUACGAGAAUAUUCCAGUCUCUGAGCCCAAACCACCAACAUCCCAAAGACAGGAUGUAGCUUCCCAGCAUGACUUAUCCCGUCGGCCUAGAAUUCUCAUCAAGCAGGCUACGGUGGACAGUUAUGGGAGCACAGAAGAAUGCAAAGAAGAUGUAAAAGUGAUGAGUAGUACACCUGUUCCAUGCUCUGUCCACCAACAGUUGGGUGGGUCCCAAACGGUUUCCACUCCUUUGCAUUUGAAUGCUAAAUCUGAUCGUGCCCUGCCAUCUGGAGUGGGACAACUUGUGCAAAGCCAAAGCACUUCAGCCGCUUCAGCAAAAGGUCCUUUUCAGCUCCCCGACCCACCGGACUUAAGUCAACAGCACGUCACUGUCCAGCGUCCUCCUGCUCAGAUUCCUUCUAGUAUCAUUGAUUUAGGCCAACAUGCGUCACAAGUUUGUGCAAAUGAAUCACAACCAAGUCCACUGGCAGCAGUUCAAUUGCAACACAUGCGUCAGAAUCAGGGCCUUAUAUCUGAACCUCAACAACCGUGUGCACAGUUCCCACCAGCAGGACCAUCCUCUGUCAAGGGUUUGAUUUCAAUGUUUAGUAGUUUGAGUUCACGAUCACCCACUAACGGAAAUUCAGCUGCUGCUGCCCCCCAACAGGCCAAGAUGAUGUCUAAAGGUGUGGAUCUCAGUUCACAAGCUUCACCACCACAAAUACCUACCACCAUUAUGCAACAUCCAGUCCCCUCAGUUUCCUGUGCUGUAGAAACAGGUGAGAUGAUUGCCUCAUGCGCACAAACUGCUGAUGUGUCAACCUCUCCCCCUUUUACAGCAGUCCUUGUGCAAAGCCAUGGCGAAUCUACACCACUGGCUUCUGAAGGCAAAUUAGAUUUAGCAUCUGAACUGUUUAAGGAUCAAUCUGCAGCCAGACAUACAGAGCCGACUCCAGCACCACCAGUCAUCGCUGAAUCACAGCCUAGGUGCUUGAUUUUAACUGAGAUAAGCCAAAAGGCAUCACUGAUGGAUACCUCCACCAGAAAUGCACCGUCGUACGGCUUCGGGCCUACUUUUGUUUCUCAGGAAUCUCGCCAUCCAAUCAAUUUGCCUCAAACUCCCCAAGUUAAACCACCAAACAACACGUUAAAAAGUGAAGAUGUUGAUGGCUCCAGAGAAGUUUCACAAACAUUACCAGAGGCUACACCGACAGAAAUGACCCCAGAAAUAUCAGCCACGAUAAAUAAGAGGUCGGUCUCAGAGUCUGACGCUUCCAGACAAGCUUCGGAAGAGACUAAACAAAAUGAACCUGCACCGUUGGUCGCCGUCAGUGCUGGAGUUGAUGGGAGUUCUUCUGUAGGAGAUGGACAACAACCAAAGUCAGUCUACAUUGGCAUAAAUUCCUCAGGCAUGCAUCCUGCCAGUACGGAAAAUGAACCAGAUCAGCCAAAACCCUACGUUAGACUACCCCACAUUUUUGUUUCAGCAGCAAGUUCACCAGAAGAAGAGACCAGUGAACUUGGACCUUGUGAGGGUAACAAACCAGAUGUUCCACAAGUUGAUGCGGUUGAGGAUUUCACUUCUCAUACAAAUGUUUUACCAGAAAAUAUUGUUGAACGUUCUGAUAAAUCAGAGGACUCUAGUGCAAAAAUAAGCAGCAUUAUCAAAGAUUCUGUUGAAGAAAAUGUUGAGGAGGGCAAGACCUGUUUUCAAGAAGUUCAUCUCCCUACAGCUGAGCAGAAGCCUUCAAAGGAGCGGGACUCUCCGCACAUCCUGAAUGAAGAGGGCACAGCUGUUGAUGCUACUCUCGCUGAUGUUGACGUGGAGCCAGAGCCUACCGAGUCUCACAAACCAACCCCAGACACAGCCUCAGCAGAAGAAACCAUGCCCCCCAGGGCCCUGGCCAGUCCGAAUGAAAACAUCACUUCUGCAGACACAACACAAGAGUCAUCCUUCCAGGAUGAAAACAUUUCUUCAAAUGCUGAUUUUUCUGAAAAACCGCGUAGAGAGGACGUGUGUCUGACAGAAAAAGAGUCAGCUGAAGAACGUCUUAAUGAGAAAGGUGAAGUAGGUGCUACUUUAUCUGGACCUGAACCUCCUCCCAUCAUUCCUCCCACAGAGGAAACUGCUGUGUCCACCAAGGAUGGGACAGCUACCAAAGGCAGUUUUCCCGAGACCCGACCAGAUAAAGAGCCAGCAGAAAGGGGCAUCUUCUCUCUGUUCAGUGAUUCCACCACAACUCAUCAACAGUCCUCCCAAACUGGAUUAUCAACACUUGGGGGCAUUCUUCCUGGCUCGUCUACCAAAGACACUCCUGGGACAGGAUUGCUCUCAAUGUUUGGUGGGUCAAAUGCCCCAUCUUCAUCUCAAUCUAAAGGGACACAACCACAAUCUACUCCACAGGAGCCACAUGGAAAAGGACUGUUUUCUAUGUUUAGUGGUUCCAGUGUUCAACCACCCUCUGGCCCAAGAGGUGCAAAUGCUGGAAACGUGUGUCCUAGAGGUCCUCCGCCCAAAGAGCCUCCAGGAAAAAGCCUGUUUUCUAUGUUUGGUGCAUCUGCACCGCAGCAACCAUCAAGUCCCAAGGGUCAUCCAGGUGUUGGUCUCCCACCAAGAGGACCCUCUAAUGAGUCUUCUCUUUUUGGUGGGAUCCUAUCAGGUUCUGCAACACAAAAAGCUUCCCCAAGUACCGGAUUGUUUUCCAAGCUCGGCAGUCUUGGUGCUCAACUCCAAACGGAACCUCAGGUUUCCACACCGGGACCCAGUGCACCAGAUGUCUCAGGGAAAGGACUGUUCUCCAUGUUUGGUGGACAACGUCAACCAACAGACUCUAAACCAAACGCCUCAGAUACUGGUUUCAAAGUGUCUUCUGUGUUCUCACUUGGAGGGAAUUCUGACAGCAAUAAAUCAAAACCUGGAUUUGGUCUAUUUGGAAAGUCGUUUUUAGAAGAGCCAGAAAAACAUGCCGCUGCCAGAGAGGACGCUGCGUCGCUGCAAAAAAUACCCACAGACACUGAAGCUUCUUCAGAGGAAGUGAAAGAUGAACAUAUUCAACGUGUCACAGUUGCAACAUCUGAGCCUCUUUCUGCAUUAUCGGUUAAGGAGGAGCUCCAAGGAAAGCAGGCAUGUCCAGAAGUCCAGGACUCUUCUGAAGACACCAAUAAAAAGGAAACGGAAAACUCUGUUCAACAGUUGGAUCUGUGUGUGGACACGAAGAAACAAACAACGAUCCAGGGAAACCUCUCUGGUGACCAGACUGCCUAUCUGAUAGAUGAAACCUCUGCCACAAGCAUGCUGCUCUUGACAAGUAAUCUACUAGAGAAAGAGUUGGUAGAAGAAAAUGAGGACACACCAAGUGCAGUGGCUGAACCAGAAACUGCCGCCAGCACAAACACUGAACGUGACAUAGAAGCAACCAUUCACUUGUCUGAAAACGGAUCAAGGUCGGAUGAAAUAUCAGUCAUUUCUGGCCAAAGUGAUGAAGAAGAUGUAAACUCUGUCGGUGAGGACGAAUUAAGAUGUUCAAAGACAGAAAACCAAAUUCAGAAGAUUGCUGUUGAAGAGCAGACUGCUGCUGUGGAGGUGGAAAGCUCUCUCACACUUUGUAUUGAAGAGCAAAAAGCAGAAACGGAGAAGGACCAAUCAUUUACGAAACCUCUGGAAAGUAACGACAAAGAACUUCUCUCAGCUGCAGAUGUAGGAAAACUAUCAGAAGACACUUUGAAAAAUGAGGCUGAGGAACAAUCAGCAGCUGAUGAUGUUGCCAAAUCAUCUAAUGCCAAUUUGGAAAUCACUGGAAGUCCAGAAGCCACAGAAGUAGAAAAAAUAUCUCAUGAGGCUUUAGAGAUAGCGAAUGACGAACAAACAGUGGUCACAGACAAAGAAAUGGCAGAGAAGCCAUCUUCAGAAUCACCUGAGAAAGACUUCAAGUUACCAUCUGAUGAUCCUGGAACUGAACCGAUGGAGCAAAAGUUCAAGAAAACUUGUGAAGGUGCUACUGUUGCAGUGGUCUCAUUAUCAACUGAAGAAGAACCUCUUGGGGGCAACACAGUACUGCUGACCGGUCCUCCACCACAACAUCAUCCGAGCCCAGGCAUGGCUAGACCCCCGGGCCCACCAAGACAACAAAUGGGAUCCCCAAGAACAGCAGGACCAAGAACAGCAGGACCAAGAACAGCAGGACCAAGAACAGCAGGACCAAGAACAGCAGGACCAAGAACACCAGGACCAAGAACAGCAGGACCAAGAACAGCAGGACCAAGAACAGCACAAAAGCCACCUGAAGCAGCUCCAUUUUCUGGCUUCAUGUCUAUGUUUUCUGCCCCAAAUGCACCAAGCAAAUCAACUGUAGGGGGAUUUUUUUCAAGUUCACCUGGAUCUCUUUUCGGCUCAUCGCCCACUCCUCAUCAACCACAACAACAACAACAACAACAACAGAAAAGCUCCUUUUUUGGGAUUCCCAGUACGAAUGCAGCAGAGUCCAUCACUAGUGAAAUUUUUGGUUUGUUCAAAAGUCAAGAGACAGCAAAGCCUCACGAACCUCAACAGUCUGGCACAGAUCCUGGACCAGCAGAACCUUCUGCUGACAUGAAAUCAGAGAAGACUGAAAAUGCAAACGUAGAGAGUGCUCCUUUAAAUGAAGAUAAACGUGUUGACAGCUGUGAAGACUGCGAGGUACCUGAGAAGGAGCUGGUGGAAGAGGCAGAAAGUAAAGACGGAAUAGAAGAAGAACGUACUCCCACUGGAACUCCCAUUAAUCCAGUCCGACUGUCAGGAAACAGCGACCUAGCGGAGUGUGCAGGGGAACCGGGCUCUCAAGUGUCUUACAAAGAUGCCCCACCCACAUCUCCCAAAAGCAAGGGCCUAUUUGACAUACCCAGUCUGACCGCCCCUACAUUUGGUUUUAUGCCUGCAGGCACAUCGUCCUCUGGUUCACGUUUCUCCACAACAUCUACAGCAUCUUCUGAUUCAUCACCACAGCCACAACAGACAGACGGCGGUCUCCUUUCAGGCUUCAGAAGCCUUUCGGCUGGUAUUUUUCAGGAAGAAAAGCCAGGCAGGCUUGAGGAAACAUUAGGUGCCUCAUCGGUGUUUGGCUUGAAACUGAGCUCGGUCUUUGGCACCUCCGACUCCACCAAACCCAAAUCCAGCUCUCCUCUGGUCCCGUCUCAACCCCAGCCCGGAAGUCCAAAACAAUGGGAUGAAUCUAGUGUGCCAGCUUCUGAAAAAGCAUCUCCAGGUUCUGGAGAGACUGAAAGUGCAGACGCUAGCGACACAGAAGAGCCAACAGACACAUCAAAAACAGGAAGCUGUGAUACCUUAGCACACACACCACCGUCCGGCCUCCCCUCUCUCUCUGGCUCUCUAUCAGAAUGUUUGGAUAAACCUCUAGAGGUGAUCCCACCAUGUGAGUCACACAAGAGCGAAGUAACCACCCCUGACAGCGAGCACACAGAUCUGGGAUCAGAUCUACCCAAGGAGCUGCUGGCCACGGACGCUGCACCAAGGCUAGUAUCUGCACGCUAUAGCAUCAUGACCAUCAACGUGUCCAAAGAAUCCGGUCUGAGUCUUAAACCUGUGUUCUGGCGUCGCCGUAGACGUCCCUCGUCAUUUAGCACCCUCGUUAAACAUUCUGAGGGCCAAUCUGUGGUCAUGUUGCUACGGCUGACUGAGGUGGUUUCUUCUGCUCGAGUCCUUCUCCAGCUUUCCCUAGUUUCAAAUGGAAGCCCAGCGCUGGCCAAUGUCAAGAGUGUAGUUGAGGUUAGGACCCGACAAGGAGAUGAGACCUGGGGGGGCGCCAGAAGCAAUCCAGUGUGCUUCUACAUCGUCUCGGCGGCGGCGGCGGUGACGCGCAGCUUCAGCAUCGAACGGCUGAAAACGUCUGUAAAUGAUCACCAUCGUUCCCCAUCUGUCUGCUCGCUGGACUCCCCUGGAGACCUCAGUCCCGUCAGCUGCCAGCUCAGUGCUGAGGCCGACGACCCCCGGCCCCCUCUCUGGGUCCGGUCUCCUAAGGGGGCUGUGGAUGAAGAACAGGACAGGGAAGUGAACGGUGUUCCAGAACCUGGUGCCAAUGCAGACCUGAAGGAUUCGUCGGCCGUCUCUCCCAAGCCGGCGUUGGACCACCACGAGAACCAGAACCAGAACCAGACUAAAACCGGUUUGUUGGGUCGCGGCCCUCCUGCCUGCUCUCCAUCGAAGGUCCGCUGGCUGAAGGCUUACAACAAAGUGAGGGGGAAGCUUCUGGAGCAGGCUUACCGUCUCCUCUCCCUGUGGGAACCAGAAAAGGGUAGGAGGCCUUCUCCGUACCUGUGUACGGCAGCCUCUUCUCUGCCGGUGUGUCCCAGGGCAGCUGGCCGAAGGGGAAGCUCCGGGUCCAAAGGCUCUUUUCAGCAAUGCAGAACCAGAAAGCGAGCCAGAACCGGACCAGACGGAGGAGUUAAGUCUAAACUCCAGCUUCAGAAGGAAGGCAUGGCUCCAGAUUACCAGGUAACAGCAGCAGUUUCCACUAGUCAGCUAACGCUGAAACUUCACUUUGAACCCAGAAGAUCUAAAAUGUUUGAUAAGCAGGAGAAUGUGUUUAAACGGCUUCGCCGCCUCUGCUUCUGCAGACUCAGAGACCCGUCCCUGAGAUUGAGAAAGCAGCAGUUUUAUAACAAGAACAGAAGCUCUGAAAGGCGCAAACACCUCCGACCACGUUAUGAGAAGUUUAAAGCUGUUCUAGUGUCCUCGUUUUGGAAAAAGAUCAUUUCAAAAAGGGCACCAAGUGGCCAGGGCCCCCCGAGCCUCGCCCACUCAAACAUCGCCCUCUAUGGAGUGUCGCCCGGUGGACGACUAAAUCCGGAGGCCUCUGGGUUUAUAAAGUCUUCGCCGUGUUCUGCAUUGGGAGUAAAAGCUAUUUGUGUGCAGCGUCUUCACACGUUUGCUGCGAUGCAUCUGAGGAAGCAGCUCCAUAAACCAGCAGGAAGAAGUAAAAAGCAGCCGUUCGAUCCCAUUUUGUCCCGGAGCAGAGACACGUUUGAUUGGGUGGUGGGUGAUGUUUCCGUCCUGAAUGCAAAAGUCAGCUUCCACUUAACAACAGAACGAGCCCUGGGGGAGGCGAAGAGAGAAGCAGAGAGAGGAGACACGGCGAAGAGGAGGCGUCGCUCCUGUUGGCUGUGCAACAAGCUGUGGAGGAUGAGGAGAACGGAUAGAGACGGGGUGAAGCAGAGGGAGGAAAAGAGGAGGAGCCAGCGCUGCUUGUGCAGGCUGAGUGGAAUUAGAUGGAGUCUGGAUUUGUGUCGUCAAACUUUCUCUGAUAUCCGCAUAAGACACAGAGAGGAAAUGGAGGGAACAAGGGUCACUGUGUACAUCGUUACCGUGACGAUAAAUGAGUUGAGGGACAGAGGGACGGAUCUGCUUCCUGUGGGGGACCGAGGAAACGAGAACACCUUCACAUCAGAAUUUUGUCACCGCACUGAUCUGCCUGUCCAAGACAAGAUCCCCAUCCAGAACAACACCCAGGGAAGUCACAUUUGGGCUCAAGAAUGGGGUGAGCUGACCAAGAUCAACCACACCAGUCCCAGACGACGCACUUGGACCAAAAACUACAACCCCCGCAACAGAUAUAAAGAAAACAACAGGGGGUCCAACACAGAACCUUGGGGGUCCCCACAAGAGAAUGAAGCAAUGGAGGAAGUAAAAUCCCCCAAUGAGACACUGAAGGUUCUGUCAGCCAGAAUGUCAUUGAAAACCCGGGGCAUUGCCGAUUCUGUACUGUGGACUGGCCUUAAAACCGGACUGGACUAUAAUUAUAGCGAUGCCGAUCCAAACAACCAAAACCAGCAACAGGAACUAGCCAGGGGCAAAGGGGCUCCACCAAACGCCUCGGAUCCCUGGAUAGGUGUACGCGAGGGGAAGAGAUGCCUCCUCCAGAGCGGUGGCACCGGAUCACGCCACAGAUAUGCCGAAAUCCUACCCAAUAGUGGUGGCAAGGAUCCUGCCAACUUGAUCAGAAUACAGCAUAAGUAUAACGCUGGCCUGGUUUUGGUGGCACUCGUUCCAGCCCGAUGGAAGAACAUCGCCUGCCUUAGGCGGCCUGUGGACGUGGUUCUGGCAGCAGAGCAGGAUUCCUCUGCCUGCCUGGCGGAGCUUUUACGAGGCUCCGCACCCGUCAGGAAUAAAGCUGUUGUGAAAACAGCUCCGGCUGCACCGGCGAGCGUUUCGGGGACGAUGAGUCAGGUUUAUGAGUCCAACAUUGGUCCGACCUCAAGAGCGAAUCAGCCGGCUGCAAGUCAGGGCGGGUCUGACCAAAGCACCAGUGAGUUUAACAUUGUGAAGAGAAGCAGCAAAAAUGAUUUUACUAAAAAAUACAUCACAAGAGCCGGAGCCUAUCAAGCUAACAAGCCUUCUUCUGUUCCUGCCUGUGACAUGACUACCAGCCACUGCAUUGCUGCGUUCACCGGAGGGGAAGAAUUUAAAGAUCAGAUUUUAACUCUUCCAAACCCACGAGUGAUUGCUGCUGUUGCCAUGGUGACAGCAAGCCUACUAGGCCAACACAUUUUUACAAGUCGGCUCAUUGGGCCUGAAAGGCUGAACCACAACAGCAAACAGGCUGGAGCUCCAGGAGUGAUCCGCCUGAAGCUGCACCAAGGUGGACCCACAGGAGUGUCCCCCAAAGGAGGGGAAAAGUCAAAAAUGCAUCCACCCAAGAAGAGGGCUCCAAAUCCCAGAGUAGCACUGGUCAUACGUGGUAAAAUCCAUCGGCUUUUGCAAGGGUCUACAGACCACCGUGUCCCCGAUUCUCACCUCUGUUAUGAACAAGAAGAUGAGGCAGAGAUGCCUGAUGGUAGGAAAGAGCUCAGGAGUGUACAUCCAAAGGUCACCCCAAGGCCAGAAGCCCUCACUCCAACAGUUUCAAUCACUAAAAGACACGGAGCAACAUCAGGACCUCCGUGUGUUGGAGAAGUGGAGCUGAACAGACAGGGGUGUAUAAGGAUACCCUGCACUUUACAGCGAAAAGGCAGCAGACCCCCAAGUCAAAAACGAAUAUCAUUUGAGAGCGGACUUCCAGAAUCUCCCGAAUCGAUACGACCGCUCCCAGACUACAUGACGGUUGACUCGGACAUGAACGGGGUGAAAUUUGCAUCGGGAUCUCAAGAGUUUGCUUCACCUCGCGUUCGACCCAAAAGGCCAUAUUCCACUGGUGAUUGUGUGGACUACAACUUCAACAGAGCCCUACCAAAUACUCUUCUGGAGGAGGAUGAGGAUAAAGAUGAGGCCUCAAGUGCCAUUAUUGACCACAUUCUGAAAGAGCUGAGGGGCAUCAAUAAGAUCCAGGAGGAAAUUUCUGACCUCAGGGAUUACCUGACGUCAGUGCGAGGCUCAGUUGAGGAGGUAUCCUCCUGUGUAGACGCUGUAUUGUUAGAGAUUGAAGGUAUUCGUUCUAGCAACAAAGGAGCCUCGGGGACAUGGUCAGGAAUGGGGUGCAAGGAUGGACCUUCUGGGCGAAGAAGACCAGUCAGUGCUUAUGGAAGUUUAGGGAGUCCAGUACCAAAGACAGAUUCUAACUGCUUCCCCCCUUCAUGCAAUGAGCAUCAUAGCAUGCAUGGAGAACUACUACUUACAAGGCCAGGAAAGUCUACCGUGCCCCACAUUCUUGCAUCAACCAAUCAUCAGGAACUGGAGGAACCUGAUGAUGCCUCUGACCAUAGUUCAGAUAUACCAGAAGGUGCAACAGCAAGAAAUUUGAGUUUGGCAUUCCUUGAACCCCAUGAUGUCCAAGACUGUCCAAGUACCAGUUCUUUGUCUUCUGGCCAUAGCUCCAAGUCUGACUCUGAUCUAGAGAGGUUACUAUCUAGUAAUGCCAGAAAGGAGCUAAUAGUUGGAAAUGGAGAACAUUGGGCUAACACCGUGCCAUCACAGAGUAGUGCUAAGAAUUCAAUCUGGCAUAGAGAAGCUGAUUACCUCAGGGAUGGAGAUCUAGAAGGCAAUGAAAGUGAGAGUGGUCUUUGUUGUGAAGGAGCUGGAAGCUGGGAUCACUACAGAGGACCAGAGGGGUAUAAUUCAUCAAUACCAUGUUCCACAGGAAGCUCAGAGCAACUACCCUUUAGGUCCAGAAAGCAUUACAAUUCAACUUCCAGUUUUUCUAGCAGGGAAGAACGGCAGUCACGGAAGAGAAGACCUCAAAGCCUGUCAAGAAUUCAUGGUCCAACCAGCACCAGCCUUGGAAACUCCGCUGUGGGAUACGAUUGUUCAGCUGAUUUGUCCUGUCCUCAAAGUUCAGGGUACCAUUCAGUCGAGGGCCGCGAUGGUGCAAGAGGGGAUUUUGAGUUUGAGCAAAUGAGUGAGGUGAGCUUCACCACAAACUGUGAUGUUCAUCUAGCUUAUGAAGAGUCUUCAGAAAUGACAUGGACAGAGGCAUCUUUAAGCACCUCUGGGUAUGAUGAUGCACAGCCUUUCACACAAAAGACGGACUCCAGUAACCAACUCCCAUUCCCUGAGGGGGCAGAUGCCCAAGCUGAAGGUUCUACUGUCAAACGCAUCGGACGAGCUGUACUUGAUUUUAGCUCUGCUUUGAGGGGUGCAUUAUGUAAACUCGAUGUACCUGCAGCAGUAAACCCUGAGGAGCAAACUGACUUUGAAUUCUCAAUGCCUUCUGACCUGCCUAUAACUGAGCUGCCUUCAAAGUCUUUCAGCUAUGAGGCAGACAUUGAACAGAUUCUUCACACCCACAGAGGUGAUGUGCUUGAAUGUAGUCAUGCUUCUAAGAAACUGACCAAACACAGUACUAUUGAAAAAUUAAGUAAUUUCUCUGGGGAGCCAGUGCUAGAAGAAACCAUCAACAGCCUUAAACAGUUUUCAGAGGCUUCCCCAAGCUCUCUAUGUUUGGAAGAGACAGCCCCAGUCCCCGAAGAGCCUAAGGCAUGGCCUGACUCUUCAAUACCUGGCAACCUUGUAGAGAAACCUGUGAAACACUCAUCUAAAGAACUUCCAAAAGGUCCUGCAAGUGUGCCUCUUAACACUCAGCAAUCACAAUGCACCUCAGUACAAUCUUCCUUCUCAAUCUCAGUUGGUGAUUCUGCCGCCCUGGAAGGGCUUGAACAAGUUGAGGUGCCAAAACAAUCCACCAUGGAUGUUAUUGUGGGCUCCAUGGUGAAAUCAGAGGGAGGUGAUGCAGAGCAAUCACCAGACAUCAACCAGGCAGAUGAAUGCAAGCUGAAGUGUCUGAGGAGCUUUCAGGAGAUUCUCCGGGAGAAGAGGGAGACCAGGCGCAGCCUUGGCAGCAUGACUAUGUCCUCCUUGUCUCAGGAGGACUUGGAACCAGUGAAGCAGAUUCACUUUACAAAUCAAAGGGAACAGAAACUGAAAGAGGUCUUUCUUGGCAAAAAAAAACUGAAACUCAACCAACCUUCGUCAGUUCCAGUGAUUCUGUUAUUUGCAUUUCUUUUCUUCAUUGUCCCAUACCCGUACCUGUGCCUGUACCUGUGCCUGCACCUGUACCUGUACCUGUACUUGUACCUGCUCCUGUAUCUGUGCCUGUGCCUGUGCCUGUACCUGUACCUGUUCCAGUACCUGUGCCUGUACCUGCAACUGUACCUGUACCUGUACUUGUACCUGCUCCUGUAUCUGUGCCUGUGCCUGUGCCUGUACCUGUACCUGUUCCAGUACCUGUGCCUGUACCUGCAACUGUACAUGUACCUGUACCCGUACCUGUGCCUGUACCUGUACCUGUACCUGUACCUGCUCCUGUAUCUGUGCCUGUGCCUGUGCCUGUACCUGUACCUGUACCUGCUCCUGUAUCUGUGCCUGUGCCUGUGCCUGUACCUGUACCUGUACCUGCUCCAGUACCUGUGCCUGUACCUGCAACUGUACAUGUACCUGUACCCGUACCUGUGCCUGUGCCUGUACCUGUACCUGUACCUGCUCCAGUACCUGUGCCUGUACCUGCAACUGUACAUGUACCUGUACCCGUACCUGUGCCUAACCGAGAUCAAGAUGCUGAUCCCAGUAAGACCCCAUGGGCCAAGCCAGGGUCAGUCUUUCAGAGGAAGCACUCCUUUUGGGAUUGACAGCAUGCCCGACCUUCGGAAGAGGAGACCCAUUCCUCUUGUUAGUGAACUGGGUUCCCGGGAGCUGGUGUCUGUCUUCAGAGACACCCUGGGACACCUUGGACAGGUCACCAAUCCAUCACUAACUAGACAUGCAGCCAAAAAGAUCCAGGGAUGCACUAAACAGCGCUCCCACAGCGGCGUGUGUUUCAGGGUCAGAGCUUCUGUUUCUGAGGCCAUCCUGUUUGUCUCUAAUGAAUUGUUCUUACCUGUUUUUGUCUUCCUGCAUGUCUCCUCCCUGCGUUUGUCGGUGCUCAGGCUAUGUUUGAGCAGAAAAGCCACUCUUUCAAUCUCCUACAUGAGGAAUCCUUCAGCUCGGCGACACAUCCGUGUUAGCGUGACUCCCAACUGGAAGCACAGGAAACGAUCCGACUCGGAAAACGGAGUUUUAAUAGACAUCCUGCUGCUGUCCGCAGCCCAGAGGGCUUCACUUUGUGCGUUUGUGAUGUUUUACUACUCAAACAAAGUGUUGGAUUGGAGACGAUUCUCUAAAGAAAUGGCUGAAUGCAUAAUCCUGUUUAAUUUAAUGCUAACUGACAGCUCGUACCUUUGGGUUUUAGGCAGCGUGUCACAGCUUCAAGGUGUCGUGUCAGCGAUCCAGACGUUUAGCCUUCAACAGCGUGGGAGAAAUUUAAAACCUCGGGAGAAUCAGUCUGUCCCUGCUGAGAGCCCAGCUCCACUUUGGGACUCUGGACCGGUGGUACCUGUGCACGGCAGCCUCAUCUCUGCCGGUGUGUCCCAGGGCAGCUCAGCUGAAAAUGGAAGGAUGGUGACCUUCACACCUAAAAGCCAGACAUCACAUAAACAUGGAUGUGUUUUCCUAGCUUUCACAAUGUUUGUCUCAGUGUGGCAGCGAGUCACUGAUUCCUCUUGUCUCUACUGUCUCCAGUCUAUGAUUCAGUCCAGGAAAGCCGGACUCGCACACUCUCUGGCCACACGAACCUCCCUGAAGGACCAAGAGCUUAAGGCCCACGUUUACAAGAAGACCUUGCAGGCUCUCAUCUACCCCAUCUCCUGCACCACGCCACACCACUUUGAGGUGUGGACCGCCACCACGCCCACCUAUUGUUACGAGUGUGAGGGUCUGCUCUGGGGCAUUGCUCGGCAGGGUAUGCGCUGCACAGAGUGUGGGGUCAAAGUUCACGAGAAGUGCCAAGAGCUGCUGAACGCCGACUGCCUGCAGAGAGCAGCAGAGAAGAGCUCCAAGACCGGGGCAGAGGACCGGACCCAGCACAUCAUCAUGGCCAUGAAGGACAGGAUGAAGAUCCGAGAGAGGAACAAACCGGAGAUCUUUGAGGAAAUCAGGAAAGUGUUCGGCAUCUCCAAGGUGGUCCACGCUCAGCACAUGAAGAGCAUUAAGCAGAGCGUUCUGGAUGGGACCUCCAAGUGGUCGGCCAAGAUCACCAUCACCGUGGUUAGUGCUCAGGGUCUCCAGGCCAAAGACCGGACGGGCUCCAGCGAUCCCUACGUCACCAUCCAAGUGGGAAAGGCCAAGAAAAGAACCAAAACCAUUUAUGGCAACCUGAGCCCCGUCUGGGAGGAAAAGUUCAGCUUCAAGUGCCACAACUCCUCAGACCGCAUCAAACUCCGAGUCUGGGACGAGGAUGACGACAUCAAGUCCAGAGUGAAGCAGCGCCUGAAGAGAGAAUCCGACGACUUCCUGGGUCAGACCAUCAUCGAGGUCCGGACCCUGAGUGGAGAGAUGGACGUUUGGUAUAACCUCGAGAAGAGGACUGAUAAAUCUGCGGUUUCCGGCGCCAUUCGUCUUCAGAUCAGCGUGGAGAUCGAGGGCGAGGAGAAAGUUGCUCCCUAUCACGUUCAGUACACCUGCCUUCAUGAGAACACGUUUCAUUUCUCUACGGACAUCGAGGGAGGGGGAGUGGUGAAGAUCCCAGCGGCCAGCGGGGACGACGCCUGGAAGGUCUACUUCGAUGAGGUGCAGCAGGAAAUCGUGGAUGAGUUUGCGAUGCGUUACGGCGUUGAGCCCAUCUACCAGGCCAUGGUCCACUUCUCUUGCCUUUCAUCCAAGUACAUGCUGUCAGGGAUGCCGGCGGUGAUGAGCACCCUGCUGGCCAACAUCAAUGCCUUCUACGCCCACCCCACCGCCUCCACUAACGUCUCCGCUCCAGCCAGGUUUGCUGCCUCCAACUUUGGGAGGGAUCGAUUCGUGAAGCUCCUGGAUCAGCUGCACAACUCCCUCCGCAUCGACCUCUCCAUGUUCAGAAAUAACUUCCCAGCGAGCAGCAAAGAUCGUCUCAGUGACCUGAAGUCCACGGUGGAUCUUCUUACCAGCAUCGCCUUCUUCAGGAUGAAGGUGUUGGAGCUGCCGAGUCCGCCCCGAGCGGCCAACGUGGUCCGCGACUGCGUGAAGGCUUGUCUGAACUCCACCUACGAGUACAUCUUCAACAACUGUCUGGAGCUCUUCAACCACCAGUUUCAACCCUCAGUCCAGUCUCCUGGGACAGAGAAGAGGAAGAGGGAGAAAGCAGAUGGAGAAGCAGAGGAGGAGGAGGAGGAGGCGGAAAAGAAAGAAGAGACUCAGCCAGAGGAACAAGGCCCGAGUAUCCAGAAUCUGGACUUCUGGCCUAAACUCAUCACGCUCAUCGUUUCCAUCAUCGAGGAAGACAGGAACUCGUACACGCCCGUCAUCAACCAAUUUCCUCAGGAACUGGACGUGGGAAAAGUCAGCGCCGAGGUCAUGUGGACUCUCUUCGCUCAGGACAUGAAAUACGCUCUGGAGGAGCAUGAGAAACACCACCUCUGCAGGACCUCUGACUACAUGAACCUACACUUCAAAGUCAAGUGGCUUCAUAACGAGUACGUGAAGGAGCUGCCCUCGUUCGCUGACGCUGUGCCCGAAUAUCCGGCAUGGUUUCUUCAGUUCGUGCUCGCCUGGCUGGCGGAGAACGAGGAGGUGUCCCUGGAAUUCAUGCAUGGAGCUCUGGACAGAGACAAGAGAGAAGGAUUCCAGCAGACGUCUGAGCACGCUCUGUUCUCCAGCUCAGUGGUGGACAUCUUCACUCAGCUCAACCAGAGCUUUGAGAUCAUCAAGAAACUGGACUGCCCCGACCCCACCGUGAUGGCUCACUACAACAGGCGCUUCGCCAAGACCAUCACCAAGGUGCUGCUGCUGUACUGCACCAUCCUGACCAGGAGCUUCCCGUCCUACUGCGAGAAGGAGAAGACCCCGUGUGUCCUGAUGAACAACAUCCAGCAGAUGAGGGUCCUUUUGGAGAGGAUGUUUGAAUCCAUGGGAGCAAAGCAGCUGGAUACGGAAGCUGCUGACAUCCUCAAUGACCUGCAGGUGAAGCUCAGCACCAUCCUGGACAACUUGAGCGUCAUCUUCGCCAAAAGCUUCCAGACUCGUAUAAACGGCUGCGUGCGUCAGAUGGCAGAGAUCUUGUACCAGAUGAAAGGCCCGCCCAACCAGAACACCGCAGAGGCAGAUGCCGACUCCACGCUGAGGCCCCUCAUGGAGUUCCUGGAUGAGAAGCUCAGCAUCUUCGCUGACAUCUGUGAGAAAACGGUGCUGAAGCGGAUCCUGAAGGAUCUGUGGAAGCUCGUCCUGAGCAGCCUGGAGAAGACGGUCGUCCUUCCUCAGAGCAACGACAGCCUGGGAGCCCAGAUCCUCACAGCAGCUAAAGGACUCUCCAAUCUAAAGGGAGGCGAAGCCAGAACUCUGACACCCAAGCAGUGUGCGGUUAUCGAUGCAGGACUGGAGACGAUCAAGCAAUACUUCCACGCUGGUGGGAACGGGCUGAAGAAGGCGUUUGUGGAGAAAAGUCCCGAGCUUGCGUCGCUGCGUUACGCCCUGUCGCUUUAUUCCCAGAGCACCGACGCUCUGAUCAAGACUUUCGUCACAACGCAACAUUCCCAAGUGCACGACGGGAUGGGCAUCAGAAUCACCGGCAGCGAGAAGAUCAGACCUGACGGUUCGGGGGUAGAGAAGCCGGUUGGAGAGGCUGUCCUGCAGGUCGACAUGAUGCUCGGCAAGGAGCGCAAGGUCAACGUUAGAGUCAUCGCUGUGAAUGACAUGAAGUGGCAGACAUCAGGGAUGUUCAGACCUUUUGUAGAGGUCUCCAUGGCGGGUCCCUUCCUGGCAGACAAAAAGCGCAAGUUCACCACAAAAUCAAAAAACAACAGCUGGACAGCAAAGUUCAAUGAGACCUUCCAGUUCAUCCUGGGUAAAGAGUCCCCGGACUGCUACGAGCUCCAGGUGACGGUGAAGGACUACUGCUUUGGCCGAGCGGACCGAGUGGUUGGCCUGGCCGUGGUCCAGCUGCGAGACGUCGCCGACAGGAAGAGCUGCGUGUGCUGGUGUCCCCUUGGACCGCGGGUUCGGACGGACGAAACGGGCGUGACGGUGAUGCGUAUCCUGUCCCAGCGACCUGCUGACGAGGUGGCCAAGGAGUUCGUCAAGCUGAAAUCUGAAACUCGUCCGGCUGAGGAGGGAAGAUGAGCAGAAGCCCUGCCUGAGGGUCAGAUUCAGUUGCCAUGGUGACCGUGUCAUCCUCUUUCACAGAACAAAGAAAACACUGUUAAUGUCUCCCACUAAGGACUUUACCUUUAACAGGGUUAGCUCUAAAAUAUAUUUACUAAUGAGUCCUUUUUGACAAAGAUGCUCAAAUUUUAAGUUCUAAUUGUUUACAUUUUUUUUCUGCAAGUAAUUAAUAUUCAAAUUGAAUCUUGUUGGGUUUUAAGAGACCAGAACACAGAUUUUAGAAACCAUCAUGAACAGCAGGUUUAAUCUAAUCUGACAUUUUAGAUUUUCUUUUCUCAGGAUUGUUUUUAGGCCUUCAGCCAUCCCUGCACUCAUGGCUCUGAGCUGCAACCCGGAACAGCUUUCCCUUCCUUUGGGCUCGAGCUUUGUCAGAAGUACGACUCAGAUGCACCAACGGACACCAGGUGCGUCUUAAAACCAGAGAGGAAGUGUCACAGGGAGCACCACUUUUCUGGAGAGUUUCAGCUUCUUCUGAAGCUUCCAACUAAAGAGGACAUUUGAGUUUCUAACAAACUCCUGUAAGACUGACAGUUAAACUCUGAAGAGGAGACGGGACGAUAGCAGGUGGUUUUAAGAGCUAGAGAUGGCGCUGGUUAGCCAACAGGGCUAGCUCCGUGGCUUCGGAGAGACCUGGACCUGGGCUUGUCUAGUCUACAUGUGUUGAUUUCACUCAGACACAAAGCAUCAUGGGACGUUUUUAACUGCUCACCCGCUCUGAGGGGAAACAACCAGCCGUCACAGGUUUCUGCAUACUCCACUGGUGUUUUACACCCCAAAGCUCAUCUGGGAUAAACCUUCUCUCCUCUCUUGACAACGUGCCAAGAGCCCUGAGGCUCCUCCCCUUUCGGUCGGCUCAUGGGUCCCUGAACAGGGCUAAAGGAGCUUUUUUCCUACCGCUCAGCCUUACGCCCUGGACCACACAUUCUUCAAUUUGAAUGAAAACUAAUGAUGGGUGUUCCGACCGCGCCAGUCGUGUACAUAGAGAUUUGUCAGCUUGUAAAAGUCCGGUGUCAGUACAGGAUCAGCUCGGGGUCCUUCGACUGCCGAUGACGUCAGAGUCGUUGAUUGGCUGAACAUGAAGCUUACGGAAGUGACGUUAUCACGUUAUGAUUUUGGUCAGAACAAAUUUGCGGUCGUAGUCCUUUAGUUCAAAAAUCAACACUUUUUGGAGAAAAUAUGUUUGAAUUUCCAAAGGAAAUGUAAAAUAUAAGCAAAUGAUAAACGGUGACCCUCAAAAGCUCUUGAUGUUGAUGAAAUGGGGCAAAAUAAAAUAUAAGAACUUUAUUGAAAGACACCAAGCAACGUUUAGAGUCAAAGAGUGUAUUUAGAUAACAACUAAGGAAAUAUACAGACGAACUCCACAUUAAUACAAACAGAUGUGGCUUCACAUAUAAGAACUGUUCUUUUUUUUUUCAGUCCGAUGUUGGUUUUAUGCAGUUUCACAUUCUUUACAAAACAAAGAUAAUAUGGUGUUUUAUUAACAAAUUACAAUUAUAAAGAAAACAUUUAGGUGUUAACAAACAAGAAUUUACUAACAAAACUGCUGAUGUCUUUCCAAAACGUUUGUGAAAGCCGAGUAGAGUUGCAGUCAUGUGACUUCAUCGGCGGGCGCUGGACCCCGAGCCGAUCCUGCACCGACACCGUAUCUAGCAUGACUACAAAUCAGACGUCGGUACGUCGCAUUUGUGACAUCACCACAUAACCUCCUCCCCCUAGCGUAGCUGCUACUCACCACAUGACCACAUUCAUGGUGGUUCUUUCCUGCUGUGGGAAGGAUUUGAAGUUCGUCGCACUUGCAGCCAUGUUUGUCGAUGAUGUCACUUUGGUGAUGCGUAUUUGUAGUCCUGGACUUAUUGGCUGUGUUCGAGAUGAGCCAGUUCUGCGCAGAUUAGACCAGCGGUGAUCGGCGAGCAGUGCACGCCGGUUAGAUUUGUGUCCGACUUGACGCCGACUUGCUCUGACGUCACGCAUUCGUAGGCAACGAUAACCUCGUGAGAUCAAGGCGGCCGCAGAUUUUGGAGCAAGGCGCUGCAGUUGCUCUCCACCGGCUGCAAAACCUAGAGGAUGACAGGAAACGCCUGGCUCUCACCUGAUCUACGAUCUGAUUGGUUCACAUUUUGAUCCAAACAUCCGGUGGUAGAACAUGAAAUGUUAGUUGGUCACGUGUAUUCUGUAAAUCGUGUAACGUUGAUGAUGACAACUAUAUAGGCCAUAAAGAGAAAUGUGUUUUGUGUUCUAUGUCACGUUUCCUAUGAGCACACUAAAGCUACAGCUGAUAACCUUUACUUAUUAUUACAGUCAUGUCUUCAUAUACAAUAUAUGAUAUCCGCAAACAUGUGAGGAUGUGUUUCAGCUGCUAACAGGCACCAGAAUUAAAAUAAAUAAUUAAACAAGUAUGAACUCUAACGCGAUAUCUUCAGCCAUCGUCACCCCCGAGCUACACAUGUAGGGACAUCUGUCCGACUUAAAGCUUUCAGCCACUCCCCCUGCUGCUUCCAUCUGCUCUCGUCUGCUUUCUAGGCGAGGCGCAGCUCAACUCGAACACGGCCAAUGUCACACAAAACCUAAAAUAACUUUUGUCCCCAUUUGAUAAGCGCUUUCUUGGCAUCAGACUGUCUCUAUGAUUCACGGACAUCGUGUGUGAAAUCCGUGACACAUAAGAAGCGGGAUUAGAAAUAGCGUUUUUAGCCCCGUCGACCCGUGGUCCGGAAGCAGAUGGGUGGGACUUAGGCUCCCUGUGAGCUGCGUUAGUCUGUUUUAGGUCAAAGACAAAUGUGGCCUUUGUAAAUAAAAUCUCACGUUUUCGCUACAAGCUUCUGAACGACAGCCUUUUUAUAAAGUGAACAACUAACCUGACAGGAAUGGGGGCGGGGCCACGUCAGGAGGAAGAGCAGAACCCUUUACAGAGCAUGAAGCCUAUGAAUGAAGCAUGUUUGUAUUUAUUUAUUUUACACAAAUUCUACCAGAUUUAUGAUUUCCUUUUUCAGUGUACGUACUGUGAAAAUGAGCAAAUGUUAUUCUGAUGUGACAUGUUAAAGUUACUUGUGCUGAUAUUUUGUACAUAAAAGAUUUACGACGCCUCA